AAUUCAAAUCUUGUUUGAAGUUUACUGUAACGAUAGGUUAUGUUUAACCAGCGUAUGUUUUAUUUACUGUCGAAUGAUCAUUGAAAAUAAUAUAAAUGGAAGUCGCAGGGGAAAAUCCAGAUUUAGUGAUAAACUUGCUGCGCCGUCACCGAGAGCUAGAGAAUGACAAUGACUUGAAUCGCGAGACUAUGAUCAAGAUUGAACAAAACGUAAAACUAAAGGAACUGCAAAGUUUACACGACAAACAGCUGCAAAUCAAAGAGAAUAUUAAUAAGAAUUUAAAAAGUAUUGUCAUGCAGAAGCAUGGGUUGCAGAAAGUCAUUGAUGGCUCGAAAGACAAUGCACCUAAGUUGCCAGUUACGUACAAAUCUAAACAGGAAGCUAUCAACUUGGUAUCAAACGCCAUUAAUUUUGUGAACAAAUUUUCUGAAGUUCAAAAAUCCAUUGAGCCAGAAAAUGAGGUUGAUGUUAACCAACUGUGUAAAAAAAUUAACACAUAUGGUGAGUCUGUGAAUCAAGAAUUGAGCCGGUGUAAAAUUCUCGUUGAUCAAGUGGGAACAUUUAGGGAGAACACGGAAAUAAUAAAAAACCACUGCUUUCUUCCAUGCGAUGAGGAUCCAGGCUUGUAGAUGAAGAAAGGCGUGAUGCUACCUAUAGAUUUACAUCAUUUUACAAAAGUUUUUUUAUACAUUUGUAACAACUUGGCCAACUGUAAUGAAUGGAUAAUACAUGAUUAUAUCGUAUUGAAA